AUGAAUGUAUACAAGACGAGAGGCAGCUCCCACAGCUUCCACAGUUCCCACAGCUCCCACAGCUCCCACAGCCUCCACAGCCUCCACAGCUUCCACAGCUUCCACAGCUCCUACAGCUCCUACAGCUGCCACAGCUUCCACAGCUCCCAUAGCUCCCACAGCUUCCACAGCUCCCACAGCUCCCACAGCUCCCACAGCCUCCACAGCCUCCACAGCUUCCACAGCUUCCACAGCUCCUACAGCCUCCACAGCUCCCACAGCUGCCACAGCUUGCACAGCUCCCACAGCUUCCACAGCUCCUACAGCUCCCACAGCUCCCACAGCCUCCACAGCUUCCACAGCUUCCACAGCUCCUACAGCUCCUACAGCUGCCACAGCUUCCACAGCUCCCAUAGCUCCCACAGCUUCCACAGCUCCCACAGCUCCCACAGCUCCCACAGCCUCCACAGCCUCCACAGCUUCCACAGCUUCCACAGCUCCCACAGCUCCCACAGCUCCCACAGCCUCCACAGCUCCCACAGCUCCCACAGCUUCCACAGCUUCCACAGCUCUGAUUGUUAG